AUGUAUCAGAAUAUCAAGAAGCUGGACAAGCUUCGGCAGAAGAAAGGGAACAUAAAUACUGGACCAGGUCCACUCGAGGAGCAGUCUCAGGUCGCACCUGAUGAAGCGCCGGGUCACAGAGGGGAGGCGCGCGGCCCGCGGCUGAGAAAGAGAGCGCGCCGCCUCGAGGGUACUCACCUGGAAGCCGGGGCGGCGGGGGCUGUGGCGGCGGAGGCGGGGGGCGGCGCCGAGGCCGCCGCGGCGGGCGUCGCGCCGCUGCACGCCAGCGCUAAAAGUGGCCGGGGGCGGGUCGGUGCAGGGGGUGGCGGCGGCGCCGGGGGCGGCAGCGGCAGCGGCGGCGGGACGCCGACAUGGGAGGAGGAGGAGGCGGCGCGCGCGCGGGUAGCGCCGGGCGGCUACUGCCGGAGCGCCGGUGCCGGACUGGGCCGGCCGGCCGCGUACCUGCGCCGGCGGCGGCGGCGGCGGGCGGCGCGAGCGAGGCGGGCCCUGGCCGCGCAGGCGCAAUCAAUACGUGGCGGCAGCGGCGGCGGCGGCGGGCGCGCCUGA